CGGAAUCCAGACGAUAUAUAAGAAAUGGUAGGUGGAGUACGCCGGCCCAUCGCCCCAUCAAGAUUGAAAAUAUCAAAACAUCAAAGUCUGCUUGUGGCUUGGCGAGAUGGCGGCCAAUCUCGAAUCUCUGAAGCACAUUUCCCCGGAUUCCGGGUUCCCGAUUACGAUUCAUCCGCAUUUCUCACCUAGGAUCAGAGAUCACGUUCCACCAGAACCGAUCCGGGAGGAGAUAAUCCCUGAAAAAGACCGGGCAUCAUUUGCGGACCCCGAGAAGAGGGCGCUCUUCGCGGUUGCCAAACCAGUCGACCUCACAGAGUCUAUUGGAACCGUGCUGGAGAAUGUGCAGCUCUCACAACUGACCCCUCAGCAGUUGGAUGAGCUUGCGCUGCUUGUAAAUGAACGUGGCGUGGUAUUUUUCCGCGGCCAAGACCUAACGACUGAUGGACAGGUAAAACUCUUUGAGCAUUAUGGCAUUUUAGAUCGACACCCAGCCCAGAAGGAUGCGCGCCAUGUCGUGAUUCGAGGCAGUCGCGAGGACCAUCGAGAGAUUAAUAAGUAUACUCCAUGGCCAUCAGGGGAAUGGCAUGCCGAUACUUCCUUUGAAAUCAACCCCCCCUCGUACUCCUUGCUUCGUAUGGAAGAGCAUCCCCCUGUCGGCGGAGAUACAGCCUGGGUUUCCGGGUACGGUCUAUACGACACACUAAGCGACGCAAUGAAGAAGUUCGUUGAAGGCUUGCACGCCGUACAUACGUCACGGCUACAAUACGAUACGAUCUUAGAUCUGUGGGGUGCUGGCCCGAACCGCCCUCCAAUCGAUUCCCAUCAUCCAGCCGUGAGGACCCACCCGGUGACCAAACUGAAAGCGCUGAACGUGAACACCGGAUUCGUAACUGGCUUCGCCGAGCUUAAGAAGCAUGAAUCGGACAAGUUGCUGGAUUUUUUCAACUUGCACCUCCACUCGGCGGAUGACCACUCGGUCCGGUGGAAAUGGGAGGUUGGGAGUGUUGCGAUGUGGGAUAAUCGCUGCGUACUGCACCGAGUUAUUCCAGGUUCGUAUGAGGCGCCUCGUAGGGGUAUCCGCACAACGGUCUUCGGGGAGAAACCGUUUUAUGACCCAUCAAGUGAAGGGAGAGCUGAGAGGGAGCGGAGACUCAAGAAGGCGGCAACCAACGAACAGUCCGAUAACUCUGGUGUUAAAGAGAAUCCCAUCAACACGCCUGCUUGAGAAUGUCAGGCUGUCUAAGGUUUUUUGGGCUAAAUGAGAGAAAGUCGUAAUGAGAACUAGUGAGUUCAUGAGAGUUGUUGAUGAAUAUACUCGGCGAGUUUGAUGCUAGUAUGUACAGCAAGGUAUAUGUUCGCCGAUUCAAAAAUACCUUAGAAUCCACUAUUGUGCACUAGCCCCACAAUA